CAGAGCAGACUUCCGCCUCUGACAUACACGCUCACAGAAGCACAGACCAGCCAUUGGUCAACAUUCUAAUUAGGCACGCAGUUCUUCGCUGAUUGGUCAAUCUUCACAUAAGUUACACAAGCUGUUUCGUAAAUUUUAAAAGCAGAAGAUAUGUGAGGUGGAGGACCUUUGCCAACUAAUAUAAUAAGCAGCGCUCUGUGCACUCACAUCGCUGCAGCGAAGUCAGAUCAUCUCCAUCUAUAUACACUGAUAGAGCUGUCAGGUUGAAAUUAUGUGGGGUUCAGGUCUGUUGCUCCUUUUGUUUGGACUCUGCCAUCAGUCCCACACCCAGGGCUCUGAGCCCAUGCUUCAGGUUGUAACACAGACAAUACUUCCUCCUGACAGUCUGCACAAUCCCACACAACUCAACUAUGGAAUGGCUGUUACAGACGUGGAUGGUGACGGAGACCUUGAAGUGGUUGUGGCAGGGUACAAUGGGCCCAACCUGGUGCUGAAGUACGAUCACACUCAAAACAGGCUGGUAAACAUUGCUGUUGAUGACAGCAACUCUCCAUACUAUGCCCUGAGGGACCGAGCAGGAAAUGCUAUUGGAGUUACUGCGUGUGAUGUGGAUGGAGAUGGACGUGAGGAGAUCUACUUCCUCAACACAAACAGUGCCUACUCUGGACGGGCAACUUAUUCAGACAAGCUGUUCAAGUUUCGGAAUGGCCGCUUUGAAGAUCUUCUGGGGGACGCGCACAAUGUGCGUCGUGGUGUCGCUAAUCGCAUGGCAGGACGUUCGGUUGCAUGUGUUGACAGAAAGGGAACAGGCCGUUACUCAGUUUACGUGGCCAACUAUGCCAGUGGCAACGUCGGUCCCCACGCCCUCUUAGAGAUGGAUGAGGCCGCCAGUGAUAUCACCAAGGGCAUCAUCGCUCUGUCUGACGUGGCAGCCGAGGCCGGGGUCAACAAGUUCACAGGGGGGCGCGGUGUGGUGGUCGGACCAAUCCUGAGCCAAUCGAGGUCGGACGUGUUCUGUGACAACGAGAACGGACCCAACUUUCUGUUCAGGAAUAAUGGGGAUGGGACUUUUGUUGAUGUGGCCAGACAGGCAGGUGUGGAGGACCGGGACCAGCAUGGCAGAGGAGUAGCACUAGCUGACUUCAAUGGCGAUGGAAAGACAGACAUCGUCUAUGGCAACUGGAAUGGCCCACACAGACUUUUCCUGCAGGGCAGCGACUCAAAAUUUCGGAACAUAGCCACUGGAGGAUUUGCGGCUCCCUCACCUAUUCGCACAGUCAUCGCUGCCGACUUUGACAACGACAAGGAGCUUGAGGUGUUUUUCAACAAUAUUGCUUAUAGAAGCAGCGCCCCUAACAGGCUGUUCAGGGUGUCAAGGAGAGCUGAUGCAGACCCUUUGAUCCAGGAGCUUAAUGUGGGAGACGCUGCAGAGCCGCAGGGGCGAGGAACAGGUGGCACUGUGACAGAUUUCGAUGGGGACGGACAGCUGGACCUGCUGCUGGCACAUGGAGAGAGUGCCCAGCAGCCAAUCUCUAUCUUCAAAGUCACACAGGGCUCGUCCAACAACUGGCUGCGGGUCAUACCUCGCACCAGGUUUGGCUCUUUUGCCCGGGGAGCCAAGGUGACAGCCUUCACCGGUCACAGUGGAGCACACACACGCAUCAUUGACGGAGGCUCGGGGUACCUGUGUGAGAUGGAGCCUGUCGCACACUUUGGUUUAGGUAACGAUGAGGUGACGGUGCUGGAAGUCUCCUGGCCAGACAGCAGCUCCAUCACUCGAACCCUUCAGCCUGGUGAAAUGAACUCAGUGGUGGAAGUAGCCUAUCCCAAAGGAGGGGAAAUGUCUCUGCUUGCCAAUGACACGCAGUGUGGUAAAGGCUUUUCUGUUAAGAAUGGUCGCUGUGCAGGUCUGUGAAGAUAAUCACAUCAAAUGCAAUCAAAACAUCGCUGUAUAAAAUACAACAUCGUUACAGGAAACGUUUUAAAAAUACUUCUCUUUUUUGUCUGUACUUGUGUUUUUCUUUACGCUGUGAGUAGUUUUAAUAUUGUUGUGUUUCUAUUUUUUGUCAACCUUUAACUACUAGGUAAUGGUUGUUGUAUAUGUCAUGGCAAAAUCCCUAAAUAAACUGCUACUAAUCAA